AUGACUGUUCCUACCCCAAGAUGUGUCAUUGUCAGACAUGGUCAAACUGAAUGGUCGAAAUCCGGACAAUAUACCGGUCUAACUGAUCUACCUUUAACAGAAUUCGGUGUAAACCAAAUGCUAAGAACCGGUGAAUCUAUUUUCAGAAAUCAGUUCAUCAACCCUGAUAAUAUCACCUACAUCUUUACUUCACCAAGAACUCGUGCCAGACAAACUAUUGAACUAGUUUUAAAGCCAUUAACUGAAGAACAGAGAUCGAAAAUCCAUGUUGUUGUUGAUGAGGACCUCAGAGAAUGGGAAUACGGUGACUACGAAGGUUUAUUAACUAAGGAAAUUAUUGAGUUAAGAAAAUCAAGAGGCCUUGACAAAGAUCGUAAGUGGAAUAUCUGGAGAGAUGGAUGUGAAAAUGGUGAAACAACCCAACAAAUCGGUCUAAGACUCUCCAGAGUCAUCUCUAGAAUCCAAAAUCUACACAGAAAGCACCAAGCUGAAGGAAUAGCCUCUGAUAUAAUGGUAUUUGCUCAUGGACAUGCUUUACGUUACUUUGCUGCCCUUUGGUUUAAACUUGGUGUUGAAAAACAGUGUGAGACUGAACAGGAAUUGGCAAACGCAAACUCCUACAAUGAUGACAGUGUCCCAUAUAUAGCUUUGAAAAAUUACAGACAUCUGAUCGACAAUCCUUCUUUCCUAUUAGAUGCAGGUGGUAUCGGUGUCCUAUCCUAUUCCCAUCACAACAUUGACGAACCUGCUUUGGAAUUAGCUGGUGCCUUUAUUUCGCCACCUCCUCCAGAAGAAGAAUCUCAACACGGUCAGCUGUGA